CCAAGGAACAUGGCGGACGGCAACGAGAAGAAGUUGAGGUGGAAAAAGUCGGAAAAAGCUGGUAGGAUAAGACGUCGAGAACUAUGGAAAAAGGAAGAUGUGGAAAUAAAGGAGAUAGAAGCUCGUUGUAGUGAUGUAAGUUAUGAUUAUACUGAACACAAGCGCUGUAAAGCUUCAAACGAAAAGCUUAAAAAACCAUUUUAACUCAUGCAUGUGCUCAAGUUAGGAUGAAAAAAUAUGCAUAAAAAGUAAAAAAAGAAGAAUGUGGAAAAUAAGCGUUCUUCCACACGUAAGUGUGAUUAUAAAUUAUGUCAGACGAGUACUAAAUCUUUUGUAAAUCACUCACCAGGUUUUUUAACUUGAAGGUUUCCUAGAGAAUAAACAAAUUAUUAUUUUCUAGCCAUAGCCUUGUGCGCUUAUUUUUAUAACUUUAACUGUGGCUAAAUGAAAUGGCGUGGUUAAACACAAGACAAUGCUGCAGGGCUGUCUAUAAGGGCUGGUAGCAGGCUGAAACCGCCAGCUAGUUAGCCAUGCUUAGCCGGCUGCUUUCAUCUCCUUCUACCAUAACUGCUAACAAAAAAUAAGCACCAUCGAAUGAAAUUAUAAAUCAUCCAUGUUCCAGUUUUAAAUGACAUUGAACGCAUAUUUAAAAAGGUUUAGAUCUGGAAACUUUCAAACCAUGCAAUGACAUGGAAUGCCUGCGACAUUUCGAUAGCUUUGUUCCCAGUCUUGCAAGUAUUGUGACGAAACAACAUAGCAUCCGCAGCAGAAAAUACCUCUUGAAAACCCCUGGAAAUGCCAUUUCUGAGACUCUUGUCCCUAGAUGCCUCGGCCCUCGCCAGCUUUUUCACGUGAACUUACUGCCUACUUUUCGUUGGAAAUUACCCAAGUUUAAAUACAGUAUACAUGUGCUGUCACUUAAUAAAAAAGGCAAAAUUGAAUGAUGUCUGUGUUCCAUUCAAACACUCUAAUAUUUGGUCCAAAAUGCUGGACAUGUAUUCUGAGAGGCCCAGAUUUCAAAAUUUUUCCAGAAACUCGCACCUUCGCUGCAAGGUUUUUCUUCUCCACAUACUCCAAAGCUUUUGCUACCUACUUAAAAUCUUAUUGAAAACCCUGAUCAUGUUGUCACUUAACUAAUUUUUGCUUUGUUACAUUUUUUCAGCUUGACUGUUCUGUUCCACCAUCAAAGUUUUCUGAUCUACCUCUUUCACAAAGAACACUUCAAGGUGUAGUGCUUGGUUUUAUGUGCUUACAAACUGACAACAUCAUAUCCUUAUAGAUACAGACAUUAAAUUUCAGUUACAAAACUGUCGAGAGAUUGAGAGCAACUGGCCAUCAAGAAAGCAAAACACAAAAAAAGAAACUGUUGGCUGAUCAGGAAAAACCGAUAUCAUCUUUCUGCUAUCCGGCAGGUUGCAUUAGAGUCACCCAGAGGCCAGCAAAGUAAAAAGCAGGAAGGCAGAUCACCAUAAACUUAAACAAAAACUAGAUAUAAAAAGACUUAAGUACUCAAAAUUUACAUGUCAAAAUCACACCCUUUGAUAAAACUCUAGCCUGUGGUAGUAUGUUUUGGAAGCAUACAGUGUAAGUCAUCUGUGUGUGUCUUUUUUAUUAAGUCAAACUUUACAAGUUUUUUUGUCAGUGUGCUCUAGUUUUUCAUAAUGUAUGGAAACCAGGUCUUGACAGACUGUAACAUUAUAACCUUGUUCCCAGAGUCCUUUGGUAAAGUUAAGUUAUUAUUUUCUUAAUUUAUUAGGUCUGCAAGGUGCAGGCUAUCAGAUUCCAACAGACAUCCAGAGGGCUGGAAUCCCACUUUCAUUAAAAGGCUGUGAUGUCCUGGGCGCAGCAAAGACUGGUUCUGGAAAAACUCUGGCAUUCCUUAUUCCUGUAAGAGAUCAUUCAUGAUACAGUGUAGGGCUUGUUUAUUGUUUGGCUCCCUACUUUGUUAUUGAUCUGAACAUUUUGACCUACAGUGUAUGACCCACUGCUGGCCUUCAUCAGGCCUUGGUGUCAGAGCACGUGCUGCAGUGCUUCAGUAUUAGUAGCUCUGUGGUUGUUAGUGAUUGACUCACUCAAUCACUAGAAACCACGGUACUAGUUUUAGUCCUGCACAGCAAAUUGUUACCAUCACCUGAUGAAGGCCAGUAAUUCUCAGUCUAAAUGUCACUAUCAAUAAAAAUGACCAUUGUGAGAAAAAAUAAACAACAUCUUUUAUUCUCACACUUGUGUGAUAAAUAAUAUCUCUCAUUAUCAGCCAUGAUAGUUGAGAGUGUUUAUCAUCAAAGAAGAUCUACCUGUUUUUUUUAAGUACGUCAUAAAAUAAAAUUUAAAAAAAUAAUGAAAUAAAUGAAUAAAUAAAUAAUUAUUUAUAAAUACUUGAUUAUUUUAUUUGUAAAAUAAAUAAGUUUUUUCAUAAGAAAUAAUGAAAAAUAGUGAAAAAUAAUAUUUUAUCACUCUUGGCAGGUAAUUGAAGCACUGUGGAGGCAACGAUGGACAUCAGUUGAUGGUUUAGGUGCUCUUAUCAUCUCUCCUACACGUGAAUUAGUAAGGAGCUGUAAUGAUUAAUACUUUUUUGUUUUCAAAGUAUUCCUUCUAGUUUUUGUCGUUCCUAAUUUUUAAUAGCAUAAUAUUAUUUUUAACAUAUAACAUUAUUUUCGUCCACCAUCUAAUUUUUAAUUGAGUUACUGAGACAAAACCAUGCAAGUGAAAUACAAUUUUGUGUACAAAACUGAACUUUAGAUGCCGAACUUUUCAUGAGCCGAACCUAAUACAUUGAAUUAAGUUCAUAAAAAAAUUGUCAUCUGAAUCAAUUAGGAAUGCCUGUCUCAAUUUGGAAUGGCUUAGCCAUUCUUUUAGCCUAGCCCGGCCGGGAAUUUCACCUUUGGAGCAACUUUGGAGUGACUUUGGAGUGGCUUUGAUUCUGACAACAAACUUUUCAUGUACCGAACCUAAUGCAUAAAUGAUUAUAAUAUAUUUUGUAAGCAGUUUGACUGAAAUGAAUAUUUUCUGCAUUUUGAACUUAGUUCAGCAGCAGCUAAGAUCAGUGUCUGAAUCAAUUCAGCCAGUCUAAAUAAUUUUGGUCAGCCUUAAUUCGAAUUAUGUCGGGCUCAUGAAAGUUCGGCAUCUGAACCGGGCUGGAUAGAUAAAUAACAGCUGAAUAAUUUUAAUUCUGUGUUUUUUUAAAGCUAUUUUAAAACCUUUUUUUGAAGGCAUAUCAAACAUUUGAAGUACUAUGCAAGAUUGGCUGUAAACAUGACCUCUCUGCGGGACUAAUUAUUGGAGGCAAGGCAAGUCAAAUUGCUCAACAAUUUUAUUAUAAUAAUAAUUAUUAUAGUUUGACCUUAGUUUGGUUUGGUACUGAGUGGAGGCAGCAUGACCGAGCUGUUAGAGAGCUGGACUUGCAAUUGGGAAGCCUAGAGUUUAAGUCCCACCCUGACCGCUAGCUGGAUUUGUUCUUAAUAGUCCCGAUUUCAAAUCCUUGGCCACGCUUGUAAAUAGCCAGCUGGUUUGCCUCCGGCCAGUUGGUAUUUUUAACCCUGUUUAGUUUCAUUUGAUUUAUUUUUUCAGGCAUUUGCUCAGCCCCACUAGCAUUAGUGCUAUAAAUACUGCCAAGGAUAAAUACAGGUAUUUCAUUAUUUAUUUAAUGACACCAGCUUAUCUUUGUACAGGAUCUGAAACAUGAGCAGGAGAGGAUUAGAAAAACAAACAUUGUGGUUUGUACUCCUGGAAGGCUGCUUCAGCACAUGGAUGAGACACCGGAUUUCACCUGCAACUCUUUACAAGUUCUUGGUAAUAAUAUUUUCUUCUCUGCCUUUUUAAAGUUCUACUUGAAUGUGUGACAAGAAACCAUCUACACUGUAAUAGUAUCACUACCACAACUACUACGACUACAACUACGACUACGACUACAACUACGACUACGACUACGACUACGACUACGACUACCGCUACCGCAACCACUACCGCUACCGCUACCACUACCACUACCACUACCACUACCACUAUCACUACCGUUACCACUACCAAUACUACUACUACUACACUGCUCAAAACUUUGCUCUGUAGUCAAUUUGUAUUAGAGAAAUGCCUUGAAAUAAUUUUAUUAACCGGGAAAAUAUAUGCCAUAAUAUUAUUAUGGAAAAAUAUUUCAGCUAAAAUUUACUGUUUUUCUUCGAGAUAAUAAUUUCACCCUGUCAUUUUUUUUUGUAGUGCUAGAUGAGGCUGACAGGAUUCUAGAUCUAGGUUUUGCCACCACUUUAAAUGCCAUUAUAGAAAAUCUUCCAGAGGACAGACAGACCAUGUUGUACUCAGCAACUCAAACAAGGUUCAGUACAUGAACGUUCAGAUUUUAAAUACUGUUGAACCUCCAUGUGCGACCACCUCCUGUUAGCAAUCACUGCCCACAAGUGACUUUUAUCCAAAACACCUAGAUUUUCCAAUCAAAGUCCUAUAGCUGGAAGUUCUUAUAGUUAAGUGGGUAAUAAUUUUGUGGGUGAUAAUUUUCCAUCAACGGUUUUAACUUCAUGUUAGUGAUCACUUGACACAUGAUCUGACUGUAUCUCCUGUAUGUUCAAUGUAUGGUCAUGAGGACUAUGCUACACAGAGUCUUUAAAGAACUUUUAGUGACAUCAUGGAAUUAUAUGCAUCAUAACCAUAACUGAGAUUAAUUAAUUCUCUUCCCUUCAAAUCUCUUGAAUUUCUUUUUAGAUCAGUACAAGAUUUAGCAAGGCUGAGCUUACAGGUAUGUUAAUUGUACACUAUACGUGUAAAUAAUGUGAUAGAAAAUAUUUGUCGAAAGUCAAACCUUAACAGUAAAAAAUAUUUUGAACAGUGAGGUAGCCACUUUGGCUAUCUCAUAAUGAAUUAUUACAUUCUUGAAAUAAAAAUGAAUAAAGUUGAACCUCUAUUAAAAUUAAUAAUCAGCCUCCCGUUAUUAAGAGGCCACCUGUCCCUUCCCUGAGAGGUCACUAUAUUUGACUGUAAAAUGUAUUAUAGUGACAGCAUAGAUGAUUUUAUCUCUUUCUUAUUCUAAGGAUCCUGAAUAUGUUGCUGUCCAUGAAAAUUCCAGAACAAGUACUCCAAAAGGACUUACCCAGGUAAUGAAAUAAUUAUUUUGACACGUCACUUUGCUGUCUUCCAUUUGGUUAUUACCUACAUUUGUAUAGUCUUUGACCCAGUCAGGUUUUUUGUGUUUGUUUCCUUUUUUGCAACUAAGAUAGUAUCACUUUUUAAGUGACGUUUUUUUUUUUGCUUUUUAGAGUUAUGUGAUUUGUGAACUUCCGGAGAAACUGGAUUUCCUCUUUUCUUUUAUCCGAAAUCACAUAAAAAGCAAGAUUCUUGUAUUCGUGUCAAGCUGUAAACAGGUGAAUAUCGUAUGCACUGUAAUUUAUAAUAUUUCAUCCUAGGCAUUAGAUUCAUUAAUUGGUUGGAAUUCACUUGGGUGAUCAUGACACAUUAUAGAAUGGGAAAGUAUAAUAUGCAACAUUUUACACUCAGAUUGCUAAAAAAUACUUAAGAUAAGCAAUUUUUUUUCUUGUUUUCAGAAUUUCAUGAUACAUCAGAAGAAUCUGAUAAAAAUCAUGAGAGUGGGAGGUAACGCAUCAAAUCGCGAGGGUUGGGAUCUCUCAGUUUCACUCCCAACUAUAAUGGCCAAAGUAAAAAUUCAAGAAAAUUCCCAAAUUAAAUUAUUUUGUAAAAUAAGACCAAUAAGACUGAUAACGCAGGCCGAUAAGACCAAUAACGCAGGGCUUGACAAAAGACUUGAAAUUCCAGCUUGUCCUUUGGGCAAGCAGGUGUGAUAUUUCGCUUGCCCGAAGACACUUCUUACAUGUACUUGUCUCAGUUUAUGAUCUUAUAAGAGGAUGGUUUUCCUGGACCCUUGCACAUUGGGCAAGUAAGCUUGAAAAGUUAGUUACUUGCCCAGCAAGAAAAUCAACUUGUCUUGGUUACACGUGUGGCUUUUUUUGAACCCUGUAACAUGAAAGAUAGGUUUUAUUUGUAUGUUCACACCACAGAGUUUUGUGCAGACUUUAAGACGGAAUCCAUCAGGAAAUUGAGUAAUUUUAAUUUUCAGUGAAUAAAACCUUGUACCAGAAAACAAGUGUCAAGUUUCACAAAAUGAUAUAUUACACAUGAAAUUUUCUGAAUUUUACCUGUGUUUUCACGUUUCUUUUGAAAUCUGACAUUUAUUUUCUCGGGCUAGCUCCCACGAGAAAUUGUCUUUGGUGUUUUUGCAGAUAACCAGUUAUAUCUACAUUUAUAGCCCUUGAAAAAUGUAAAAAUGAAAGCAAUUCUGUUUAAAUUAUUCUGGUACAAGGUUUUUGUCCACUGAAAACUGAAAUUACUCAAUUUCCUGGUGGAUUCUAUCUUAAAGUUGUACAACAAAUACUGACUCCAUCAGUCACUCUGGAAGUGGAGAGGUUAAGGGGAGACUGUUUUGUUGUACCUCUGGCUUGUCUAUUGUCCAUGUGUAGAACAGGGUUCAUACAGAUCAGUCUUGAAUUCUUGAAAAAGUCUUGAAAUUUGCUCAGCAACUUUUCAGACUUGGAAAAGUCUGGAAAAUGGGGAUAAAGUCUGGAGUUUUUACUUUAUUUUAUUUUUAUCUAUUUUUUAGGCACAACAAGUGCUUUAGAAGUGAGAUUUGUUUUGUUUUGGUCAAAUCCUAUUCAAUAUCACUCCUACAGCUGUACCUUUGUAGCACAUCAUGAAAAAAGCUUGUUCCUGCCUUUUCUUACAUGCAUGGCUCUAUCGAUCGCCUAUUUGAUAACCAUGAGUCUUAAAAAAAAUAAUUUUUUUGGAAAAAAGUCAGGAAAAAGUCUUGAUUUUUGGAUCCAAAAAUCAGUAAGAACCCUGGUAGAAGCAGGUAGCAUUUCCCUUAAGGUGUAAGUCAUUGAAGCCAUCUUGCAUUUAGAGUUAAACCCACUGUGGCCAUUUUAUCGUUAAACAAAGCCAUCUUAUCAUUAAACAGGGUUCUGUAAAGAAGAGCUCUGGGGCUUUCAGCAACUAGAGCAAUAUUUUCACUUUCAUUGUAUUGAUCUCAUGGCUUUCUUUCACCAUCAGGUCAAAUUUAUCUAUGAAUCAUUUCGUCGCCUCCGUCCUGGAAUUCCUUUAAUGGCCCUGUAUGGAAAACAGAAGCAGCUUAAGAGAGUGGCAAUAUACAACGACUUCUGUAAGAAAACUGAGGCAGUGUUAUUUGCCACGGAUAUUGCAGCUAGAGGACUUGGUGAGGUUUUUACUAAAAUUACUAGUCUGUAUGUGGGAAUAAGGUACAGACUGGACAUACAAUUAUAUACAUGAUUUAGUUACUGCAUGGAGUAAAAAAAAUGUGUACAUUGUAUACAUGUCGCCAAUCAAGAAUUCUUGUUACCACAACAUCCUUGAAAAAGCCAGAGCACUUUAUUUGGUACUCUAUGUAAUAAGCACAAAAGUUCUUUAUUGGGAACACAAAUCUUUUACAUCUCCUAGUGGAGUCAGAGACAGGACCACCCUUUUGCGGGGUCAACCGAGCCAUAUGAAGGUUUAGCCAUUUGCAGGACUACUUAAGCACUUAUUAAUAGAACCUUUACUUCUCAGUUAUUUUAAGACCCUGAGUAUUAGUCUGACCCUUGGAAUCGAACCUGACCUCCCGCUCUGCAGUAGUUACAGAGCUAUCCCUGCCAUGGUCGUCCUCAUUCCAAUCAUUAACAGCUGGCAGCUAGCAAUUUUGCUGUUUUAAAUUAAGUGGGCUAUUAAUAAUGUCAAAUAAAGAUCUACAAGUUUGAAGCUUGCUGCCUGCACUCUUGUUUAUUUCUUCCUAUUACUGCAAAACAUUUUGACUUGGCUGGUCCUUCUAUUUACAGGUAUGUUGUAAAUGACAGGUUUGAAAAAAAGUUGUUGUAUUUAAUUUUGUUAAAAUCUUCAUUCAUGUUCUUUAGAUAUUCCUGCUGUUCAUUGGGUGAUUCAACUUGACUGUCCAGAAGAUGCUAACACAUACAUACACAGAGCGGGACGAACUGCAAGGUGAUUGAUUGAACUGGUACUUAGCAGGUCUGACACAGGGUCUAGAAGGGGGGUUCUGAUCCUGCAUUCCCGCAAUUUUUUCACAACAAUCCCACAUCAAAGACAUCUGUUUUAGAUGAAUAGAUCUCUAUCCCAAAAUAUGAUUUUGUUUCCCAAUACCUGCCAAGAUUUUGGCAAGUCCCUCUUCCUGAGUAGCAGUCAAGUCCCGUAUCCUGUCAAGAAAUUUUGUGUUCUCCCGAAUCUCACACUAUAUUUGGUCAAAUCCUGGACCCCCAGAAUACCCUUCCAGACGAAUGCUGAUUUGAUCAACAAAGGGGUUCAGUAGAUCAUAUGGAAGGUAACAUGGCCAAGGACAGCGAAAAGUGAUGUGUACUCCAUUUUUUGAUCUUCGCAUUCAACUGUGCCUCUUCAUCCCUUCAUACUUAAUACCAAACCAUUUCCAGCUUCUGGUUUGAUAUGGUUUUCAAACAUUGCAAAUUUGGCACAAACGGCACUUUCCAUUGAACCCAAAAUUCUAGAAAUUUUGGUUUGGUACAUCAAAUGGAAUAGACCAUUUCGGUUUGGUCUGACUGGAAUAUUCGGGACCAGCUUUGAUGGUGGUCCACUUUGACUGGUCCGGUCAUUUCGGCCGGUCAGAUCAAAAAGUCCUUUCCAUUUGACUAAAUUGUUGUCCCCAAUACCGCUCUUUUGUAUCCUGCUUCAGAGAACAAUAACCAAACACAUGGUGGCUUGGGCUGGGUCUGUGCAACCGGAAUGUACCGUUACAUUGAACACAUGAAAUUUACAAAAUUUCAAACCAGAAAAAUACCCACUCACAUUUCCAAUUCCUAUGUCAGUCCAGGAUCAGUUGAGGUUUCUGGGUAACUGACCACCCACCCCUCCAUUAAGUCAAAGUUUUUCCCUAACAAAUGAGUAAGUGUUAAUUGUGACUUAGAGGAGGAGUAGGUUGUUGAUUACCCAGAACCUCAGUUUAUGCCUGGAUUCACUGUGACAAAGGGCUAGUGCUCAAAGCAUUAUCUUCUCAAUCCCCUAUGGUGGUAAAUCUACUUUUGCAACUCAAAACAUUUAAUUCCUUCUCCCUGAAAAGAUUAAAUUCUCAAUUUUCCAAACAACCCAACAUAAAACAGACACCAGGGUGCCUAAGAUGGACCCUUUUUCUGAUCUGAUCACUUGUGACUUUAUUGACAUCAUUAGUUCUGUCUUUAUCAGGUAUCACAAGAACGGACAAUCUCUGUUGGUUUUAUUACCUUCCGAGGAAUCAGAAAUGAUCACGGCACUAGAGGCAAAGAAAAUACCCAUCAACAAAAUAAGGUACUACAGUGCAUCAUGGUACUAUAUUAUUUAAUUUUCAGAUAUGCAUUUUCCAGUUUUUUUUUUUAAUUUCUCUAUUUUUUUUUACUUUAUGAUAUGCCUGGUUUACAAUAACAAAGUAGAAAAGGAAUUCAUUGUAACACAAUUCUGUGAUUGCAGAAGUUUGCCCCUAUUUAUUCAAGGCCAUAGCUAUAAUCACUCGUAUACCGGCGUACUAAGCAAAAAAAAUUCAAAAGAGGUGCCUAGAAUGGGCAGCAUAUGAUCACUCGCAAUCUGUUUCAGUGCUCAUGCUUGCUUGAUAACAAAUUUAAAAUGUAGUUUGUGUAGUAGAUAACUCCUAACAGCUUUUUCAACAAGUGUUUAUUUGUUCCACAUUGAGGAUUGCAUGAAAGUUAGAAUGCAGCAGCAUUGAUCUCCAGCAAAGAAAAAAAAUACUGGCAACAAAAGUGAAAACAUGUAAAAUAAAGGAAAGAUUGUAGACUGACAGAUUGAAGUAGCCUGCAAGGAAACUCUCUAUUUAAGAAUGGCAAAAGGUGAAGAGUUGUGUAUGAGUGGCUAGUGCAACAAGUUGUGAGAAAUCACACUUGAGUGGCAGGUGAAAGGAGAUGCAUCUUAGCCAUUCACUUGCAUGGCUCAUUUCACAGGCCUCUCAAAAUCCAGCUUGCUUGCAGGUUAAAUCUUUUGCGGAACCUCCCAUGACCUUUUUUUCCAUGGAUUUCCAACUGAAGAGCUUGCUUACAGGCUUAGAUAAAAGCAGUCAUAUUUUGUUCAGUAACAAUGGGAUGUUGUUUUAAUAUCUCUUUAUCUUUGUUAUAAUUAAAAUCUGUUACAUUUGCAGAGUUAACCCCAAAAAACUGGGUUCAAUUCAAAAGAAACUUGAAGCCUUCUGUGCCCAGGAUCAGGAGAUAAAACAAUGGGCUCAAAAGGUAAAUAAAACCAUGAAAUCAAUCUGAGAGUUGCCAUGUUUGCAUGAUUAUUUUCUUAAUCACAUGUGACAAAAGGGAACUCAGCCUUAAGGAUGAAGAUGAUAACCCAGUUAACUCAUCUAAAAACGGUCGCUGCACCCUGGGGGGGUACUGCCAUAUAUGGGCUAUAUAGGUAUGUGCCGCUGUGAAGGGUAUGGUUUUCAAGCAGUUUACUCUAAGAUAGGGUAUAUAAAUCAGAGCGUUUGGGUUUAGAAUAGGGUAUCAUUUUUCAGGAAACUGAUCAGUUCCGCGUUGAAGAUUUUAUCUAGACUAGGGAUUUUGGUGUAAGGUUUUGUUUUGGCUAGACUGUGCUAGUGACCUCAGUAGUUUCUGGAAAACAGCUACUCUAGGAUAGGGGGGAUUUGGGGAGUUUACUCUAGUAAAGGGUAGCAAAAUUCAGCUGAACUAGCUCUGGUAUAGGUUAAGGGUUCCAGGGUCCCAGCGGCACAUCCCUACCCAGAAAUUCCUAAAGUACCCCCCCACCCCCGGGCGCUGCACUUAUUGUUAGCAAAUUGAUAGCAAUUUAAUGAGACUUGUAGGAACUACAAUACUGAAUGUUACAUUUUUAGAAUUUUCAACUUUCAAUUCUUGCAUUGAGAGAUGAAAGAAAUUGUGUACACCUGCAGUAGACAAUACUCUGGCCCUUUCAUGCUAAAGACAGUCAAACUUAUGUUAAGCAAACCUCUAUUAAAUUGAUUACCUUCUAUUAAGCGGCCCCUAAGCAAAGUCCCGGAAAUCAUUUCCCCUAAUUACUGUACAACUGACCUGUAUUAAAUGGUCACCUCUUUCAAGCAGUCACAAACACCUUCUCCCAAGAAGUUAUUAUUUAUUGUCUUCACCUCUGUUUUAAUAAACAGCCGCUUUUGACAAAAUCUAGCAUGCUUGUGCAACAUGUACACUGAAUGGCAUUAAGUGUUAUUUUACAGUACUUUAUUUCUUUUCGCACAAGAAGAGUUAAAAACAUUUUGAGGUCAAUUUAUUUAAUAUUAUUAUUAUUACCAACCUCAUUCUUGAAUAACCAGACCUAGGUUUACAGGUUUGACUGUCCCCAGGUUACAGUGUGGAUGUGUGAGACACCCGUGGCUAGUGUGUGGACUUAUGAACCUUUAAUUUCUCCACAGAGUAUUGUAUCGUACGCCAGAUCUGUCUUCCUGCAGUCCAACAAAAAGAUAUUUGAUGUCAACAAGUUGCCUCUAGACGAAUAUGCACAGUAAGUUGCAAUGACGAAAUGAAAUGAACUGGAAUCUGUAGCUGCGCUUCUCAUCAACUGCCCUUAUAGGGCAGCUGUGACAGAUACAUGUGAUGAUAAUGUCUUAUUUGUUUGUUUGUUUUUUUGUAGGUCUCUAGGACUACCAAACCCACCUCGAAUUAGAUUUUUAAAGGUUGGUUGGGUGGCACUGUCGGUAGGAAAAAUUUCAGCAAGAAUGAUUUUAAUGUUAAGAGCUUUCUCUUCUCUUUCUUGUUAAUUGGUCAUCUACAUGUAGGCUGGAUUAAUUCAAAACUUGAAUGUGCUUUUAUCAAAUAAGUUGAUAAACCAAAUGAACUAUUUUUAAACUAGCUGGAUUUUUGAAAACGUUGCCUCCAAAUAGAUCUCUUCUGUUGAACAUUUUUUUUUUUUCAGUCAAAAAACAAUCUCCAAAGUAACCAUUAUAAAGAGUGAAACUGUUGUGUCGCAUUGCACUUUGGGACUGUUUUGAAGCUGCUGUCACUUUGUUAUUCAGUUGGCUAUUACAAAGUUGCACAGGGAGCUGUGUCAGAAAUUAUUCAUCCCCCAAAACAGUCAUAGGGCAAUUUGACACAACACUGACCUACAGUAGUAUCACACAUAACCUCACACAGCGGGGCUUAGAAAAACUUGAAUUCCAGCUUGUCCUCUGGGCAAGCAGCUCUCAUAUUUUUCUUGCCUAGGGCCACUUCUUGCUUGUCUUAGCUAAGAAAUUUUUAAAGGAUGCCUUGCCUGGACCGUAAUGCCCACUGGGCAAGUAAGCUGUAAAUUAGUUACAUGCCCAGCAAGAAAAUCUGCUUGUCCUGGAUUACUGGACGGGACUUUUUCCAAGCCCUGCUCAAAAUGAUUGAUUCCAUUCUUUUUUUCUUAAUAUAGAAAGCAGAGAAGAGAUAUGGUAAGAUUAGUCACACAUCUCCGAGUGACUCAACCAAAACAAAUGCAUCUCAGCUGUUUGAUAAUAACAGUGAUGAUGAGACUGGUGAUGAGAAGAGUGGUGAUGAGAGAGAUCUGGGAAAUACUUCAGAAGAGGAAGGAAAGGAAACGGAUAACAGUGAACAAGAUGAAUUACUGGUUCUCAAGAAACGUCAUGUUAACUUUGACCCAGGUCCACUUGCAAACCAGGUAUUAUGCCUAAUGCUUAGAGCUGUAGUUGAUUCUUCAGCUUUUAACAGCUCUUAACAGAAGCUAAUUUCCCGCUGUGAUACACAGAACUUUAAGCUAUGGAAUAUCAAACGUGUUGAUUCAUGCAGUGAUGUGAUGGCAUUCUUGAGAUCAUAGCAAAUAAUUUCUCUGGAAUCAUAACCUGAUUUUAUGUGUACACAUAACAUCAUCUCUGGAAUCAUAACCCUGAUUUUAUGUGUACACAUAACCUCGUCUUUGGAAUCUCAUAACCUGAUUGUAUGUGUACACAUAACAUCAUCUCUGGAAUCACAACCUGAUUUUAUGUGUACACAUAACAUCAUCUCUGGAAUCAUAACCUGAUUUUAUGUGUACACAUAACAUCAUCUCUGGAAUCAUAACCUGAUUUUAUGUGUACACAUAACAUCAUCUCUGGAAUCAUAACCUGAUUUUAUGUGUACACAUAACCUCAUUUUUGGAAUCAUAACCCUGAUUUUAUGUGUACACAUAACAUCAUCUCUGGAAUCUCAUAACCUGAUUUUUUGUGUACACAUAACUUCAUCUCUGGAAUCAUAACUAGCCUCGCUUGAGUUAAGGUAUUCUUUUUGUAAUUUCUUUUAAAAUUUUAUAGUUAAAAACGAGGCUAGGCUAAUUUAAUUUCAACAACAGAAUAGUAUUCCAGCAGCCAUUUUUGCAUUGGGUCUAUGGGUAUUUGUAAGUGAGCCAAGCAUGAGACUUCCCACGCUUCACAAACAAAUCACAACUUUUUUUCAGGAGAAGACGGAAGAAAAUGAAUUGAAAACUAAAAAACUCAAGACAAAAAUUGCUGCAGCCAAGAAACUGCUCAAUAAAAAUGUGAAGUUAAACACAAAGAUAGUGUUUGAUGAAGAAGGAGAGGUAAGGCUAAAGCUAAAGAAAAAAUAUUCCGUUUGUCAGUCAACUAUAUAAACACCUUUCCUGUGUUUUUAACCUCUGUUACUUGAAACUUCAGUGAAAUGACCCCUUUUACAGCGUGACGACAUCGGCUGGGUCAUGAAUAGCCUGCCACGAGCGGCUUUAGAAAAUCUCGCGCGAAAAAGAGAGGGAUUUUUUGUUAUGACCCGUCCCUACGAACUGCAAGCCUGUUAAUGCGUGCAGGAGCAAGCGUUUCAUCGUCGGUCGCGUGGCAGACGUUUGAAAGGGACGGAAAAGGGGAAACGCGCCCGAUUAUAGAUCACCUUUACCAUCCAUUUCGAACUAUUAUAUUAGUGCAAUAUUUCCUAAAUGCAGAAAAGGCACAUUCAAGUGUUAGGACGAUGGAAAAAAAUCCUGGAAAUUUCAUAUUUUCCCAGAUGCGAUUCCUGAAAAAUGCAAGAACUUUUUAACUGUCGAAAGGCAAACCAUUCAACGAACGGGCUUUUAAUACACAGCAGGGCUGUACUGUAGCAGCACCUGGUGACCUGUGGCGCCUAACUUUUGCUCUUGGGCUACUAGAAAAUCUUACUUUUUUCAUACAAAUCAUAUGCUGGGCGCCUCGGAUUUCACAAGCUCAGGGCACUGGGCUUCCUUCAGUUUUUCUUAGAGCACAGCCUUGACCAGGAAGAUCCUAGAAGGCGGAUCAUCCUAGCGCCAUAUGUUUCCCUGAUUGAGUCUAUAUGAGGCAAAGGAUUGUACUUAUCCUUAGUGCAAGGAUCUUUUUAGUUGAGAGGUCGGAAAAUCCUACCACUAGGAACUGUUCCUAGCACCAUGUUAAUUGCUUUCAUCAGGAAGAUCCUACUACUAGGGACAAACCAGACAAAAGUGGCAGCGGAUCGUUCAAUGGCUAAUCACCGCAAUAAAGGCCGACCAUUUUGUUUGGCGUUACCACGAGCUGAUGAUUUUGAUAGUUCUGCUUUAAGGUAUAGAGAGCAGAAGGCAUAGAGAGCAGAAGGGCCCAAAUUGCAUUUUUGUUAUUGUCGCCCACCAUCUUUAAUUCCUUUCUACUAGGAAACCACGCGGACCGAAAUUUCUGCAUGUAAACCCACCAAAAAGUUGUUUCGCCUUUUAGGAUCUUCCUGGUGCUAGAGUCUCCUCCCUCUAUGUAAACAGCCCCUUACGAUGUCAGCAAUAAAUUUUCAGAAGUUUGGUUUUACCUCUGAGGUUUGUCUUUAUAUUGACAAAAUUAUGAAGUAACCAAAAUAAAAUGUUUCAUACGAUAAGCGGAACAUUCUGCAUUUAAAACUGGAAUAUUUGGUCGAUUAAAUUGCACCCCUAGUUUAAAAAUUAGUACGUUAAUUCAAGGCUUUGUGAGAGGUUGCGGGGAAUGAGAAGGUAAACAACUUCCUGACAAACAAUUUAAGUCCAAUAUUAUCAAGAAUUUUGAGGGUUUUUCUUGCUAAAUUCUAAUAAAGUUUCACGUCAUUUUCAGCCAUUAAAGACUGAAGGUGUUCCUCUUUCACGUGACUCUGAACCAUCCAAUCAGGAACUAGAGCCAGUCCCCCUUGCAGAGAUUAACAAACUUCCAGUGGGUGGCAUCUCAGUUGAAGAAUCACGUGAUUUAAUGCGUGAAGCAGAUUUGAUUGACAGGGGGGUAGAAAGAGAACGGAUCAAAAGUAAACAUAAAGAACAACGAAGAAAAAUGAAAAAACGACGCCGUGAAGAACAGGUAAUGAAUCAGUGUUCUCAUGUUUUCUUUCUUAAAGCUGUAAACGAAAACACGUAGAAGGCAAAGUGGUCUAGUAGUCAGCGUGUUGAGCAUUUGUGAUGUCUAUUUAGGGUUUGCCUGGUGCCAGUUUAGCUGCCGGCGGUGAAAAUGAAGAUGAUGUAGAUAACUCCGAUGAAGAGCAGCAACCCACAAGGUACGAUAAGUUUUGUGAGUUGACGGACUCUUCACGCGUUUUGAACAAAUAAGUAGAGACGUUUAGAAUCGAAGACGAGGACGACUACGAAAACGGGAAUUUCUCAAUUUUUGACUAAGAAACGCGCGCGUUAACCAGUGCUCAUUUUGGCGGGAAAACUGCGUGGUAGCCGUUGUAUCAAUAGAGUACUAAAGUGUGACGUCAUAAAAUGAAAUUUCUGAAAUUAUGGGAUUUGUAAGGAUAUUCUGAAAGAAAAAUGUCCAAGAGGCUUCCUUGCCAAAAAUGAGCAUGUCGGGACAAAUUGUCUCUGAGAUCGUAGCCCAGUUAUGCUUAGAAAACUCCAUACAAAUCCUUCUAAAUUUUUUUGGGUUUCAUGAAAUUAUAAGGCCCAGCCUAAAAAAGCACCUCUUUUCUUAAAAUAAACCUCUAUAUGAUGUUCGCUCAUUUUCACAUUCUCAUUAACUCACCGAUUAAAAGCAUGGAUAUUACAAGGGGAAAUUUGGAGCGAAUCACUUUGAUGACUAUUAGGUUAAAUGGACAACCCAGAUUUAUUCAAAAACCAUAAAAUCUGGGCGAAAAGAAUACAUUGUCAUUUUCACGUAAUUUGUAGACAGUUCUCUGAAAGAAAAGGCAAAAGAAUUUGGCAGUUUAAGUGCGUAAAACGAUUUGAACGACCCUCCAUGCCAGAUUUUCUUACUCGCAGCUGGUAUUUUUCUUUGUGCUGCUUAGAUCUAAGAAGAAGAAACGCCUUGCAAAGAAUGACAGGAUCUCGGAGGUUGCUUUGGAUUUGGGCCCUCAGAGUUCUUUAGCUGACGACGAGGAAUUAGCUAUGCAAUUAUUGACAGGUUUUUAA